AUGGCAGCUACACAUAGUGGAACUGAAUCACAUAAAGAUGAUCAUCAUAAUAAUAAGACUGGUAGAGGUGGUAAACACUCAAACAGCAGCAACCAUGGUAAUCACAACGAUUCAUCACUCACAAGACUCAACGUACAACAACAACAGUAUUUGAAAGACUUGGUGAAAAGACAUGUUACUGAUAAUAAACCAACUUUCUCACAUAAUGGCAUCCAGGAUUUAUCUAAAUACCAUGAGUUUGACUACCAGCUUCGACAGAUGGAUUAUUCUGUAUUAAGAAAAUAUAGUCAUAGAUUCCAUUUGAAUGAAGAUAAAGACAAUGUUACUUUGACAGGAGUGCUUCUGCAAUCUCCAUUGGGUCUCCAUACCAUAUCAUCACAUUAUUACACUCAGUCAAAUACUAGAAAUGGUAAUAACAAGUAUAGAGUCGAUAAACAGAAAUACGUGAAACGUUGUAACGAUCAUUUCAAGCAACAAGGUGUUAAAGAAAUGGACAGCAUCUCUCAGUUCAUCUACAAAGUCAAACACCAAAGUAAAGAUUUCAAGAUGACAUUUUGA